AUGGAAACAAAACAAGUGUUACAGACUAACUUCAUGAUCAAGGAUCUUGGAGAUUUGAGGUUUUUUCUUGGGAUUGAGUUUGCUCGCAAUUCAACAGAAAUAGUGAUGAACCAAAGGAAGCAUGUUUUAGAACUAAUUUCUGAUCUUCGACUAUCGGGAACAAAACCAAGUAGCUCACCCAUGGAAAUCAAUGUUAAGUUAACUAUAGUUGAUUUUGAUGAACACACACGGAAUACAUCUACUAAUCUACCUUUACAGGAUCCUAGCAUUUAUCAAAGGCUCAUUAGAAGACUUCUCUAUCUAACAAUUACAAGGCCAGAUAUUUGUUUUGUAGUUCAGUGUCUAAGUCAAGUUAUACAUUGUCCAAAAUCAUCUCGCAUGGAGACUGCAAUAAGGGUGGUCAGAUAUCUCAAGCAUUGUCCAGGAUUAGGCAUUUUUAUGCCAUCCAACCCCUCACAACAAUUGACAGUGUAUUGUGAUGCGGAUUGGGCUAGUUGUCCCAACACUAGGAGAUCAGUCACAGACUAUCUAGUUAAACUAGGAGGUUCUUUGAUUUCUUGGAAGUCAAAGAAGCAAGUUACUAUAUCAAGGAACUUUGCUAAAGUAGAGUACAGAUGUUUAGCCUUUGAAAUAGAUGAGAUUGUAUGGUUAGUUGGUAUGUCUAAAGAGAUGAAUCUGGAUGUACAGCUGCCUGUUCCUCUUUACUAA